AUGCCACGUCCUAAUAAAAGAAAACAGCAAAUAAGCGCAUUGGCCAGAAAACAAGGUCGUUAUACACCGCAAGGAAUGGUGCAAGAAGUAGAAAUGAUGGAUGAUGAAAUAUUACUAAUGGAAGUAAUGGAAGAUGAAGUUAUACAGGAAACUCCUAUAAUGCAAAAAGAGACUGCUGAAUUAAAGC